AUGAAGGUCUUUAUCCUUGCCUGCCUUGUGGCACUUGCUCUCGCAAAGGAGGAAUCUACCGAACACACCGAUGAGAAGUUUCAAAUGGUGGAGGAGAUGCAACAACUGCAAGCAAAGGAUGUGCUCCAGAAUAAAAUUCCCCCCUUCAUCCAGUCCCAGCCUCAGGCCUUUCCUUAUGAUCAGCCCAUCUCUUGCACUCCCAUUGCACAAAACGCCCAGCCUAUUGCUCAACCCCCUGUGGUGCCUUCUCUCGGGCCUGUCAUUUCUCCUGACCUGGAAAACUUCCUUAAAGCUAAAGCCACCAUCCUUCCCAAAACCAAAGCCAUACCCUACGUCAACGCUGAAACUGUGCUCCGUCUAGCUAGCCAAGUCUUCAGCACUGCUAACCUUGCCAAUCAGCACAUUCCUCAGGCUCAGGCCCAGCUCCUGGCACAAGUCCUGCAGGCUUUCCCUCAGACUCCUGUGGUUUCUGCUCAGGCCCCCCUGUCUGUUCCUCAUUCCAAAGUUCUGUACUUUCUCCAGCAAGUAGCACCUUUUCUUCAAAGUGAUAUGGCUGUCCAAGCCCUUCUGCAGUACCUAGACCUUCUGCUUAACUCCACCCUCCUGCUCCCUUCCAAUCAAUCACUUCACCAAGUCACUAUGCCACCAGGCAAACACAAGAAAAUGCUGUCACGUAAGUCAGAAGAUUAUCGUUUUCGUUAA